GUAGAUUAUUCUCAGUGGCCGUUAUCAGCUUAUGUAAACAUUCGUCCCGCCUGCUCUAUGCUGCGCGUCUGCUGGGCAGUCGACAUCGCACACGUGAGUGAGGUUUCAUCAUACACAAAUCAGGGCAAUGAAAGUUUUGAAGAUGCGCUUGGCAGCAGUCUUCCUCCAGCACCUGCAGAAACCAUCAAAUAAUCUCUCAAAGACAAGUCGCUUAGCGUUUGUCCCAAGGCUUCAUUUCCAUAGUGGAUCUGCAUUACGCCAGCAGAGUGGCACGCAUAUCAAAAAAGGGCAGCUGAAAUUACAAGAGAGUCAUCUGGAACUUAAUGAUUAUUUCCCAGAGCCAGUUCAGUUUUGGCAUAUAUGGUUGAGGGAUCACUGUCAAUGUGACCUGUGCUAUAACCAUACUACUCACCAAAGAAACUUAAAUAUACUUACAGUUCCCAGUGACAUUAAACCUCAGAACUGCUGGAUAUCAAAUGACCAACUUCUUGUGGAAUGGGCAGAUAAACAUCUUUCUAAAUUCUCCCUUGAAUGGCUCUACAAAAAUAAUUACAACACCCACUAUCAGAAACUAAAAGAUCAGAAGCCAGUUUUGUGGAAUAAUACGGUGAACCUUUUAGAUGAUGCAGUUGAUGCAACAGCUUACUUAGAAGACGAAAAUUAUGUGAAAAAGGUUCUUCAGUCUCUUGCAAGAUUUGGUGUUGGAUUUGUAAAAAAUGUACCGGCAACGGUGGAUGCAACAGAGAAAGUCGUGACGCGAAUUUCGCAUGUUCAGCGAACUAUGUUUGGAGAUAUGUGGGUGCUUGAUGACCGGAUGGUCCACAGUGAUACAGCCUACACAAAGCAGUCACUGUGUGCUCAUACCGAUAAUACCUAUUUUACAGAACCAGCUGGUUUACAGGUAUUCCACUGUCUACACCACGACGGUGAAGGAGGCAGAACGCUGUUAGUGGAUGGGUUUAGAGCUGCAGAAGAUGUGAAAAAGACGCAUCCAGAGUCUUACAGGAGAUUAUGCACGACACCUGUGGAAUUCCGUUAUCUGGAGAAAGGAAGGCACUAUUCAUUUACCGGACCAAUACUGAGCCUAAAUGCAGUCACUAAGGAUAUCGAGCACAUCAGAUUCAAUCUUUUGGAUCGUGCACCUUUCAGCAGUGUUCCGACAGCAGAAGUGAAACAGUUCUACGAAGAUAUUCGUAUACUGGCAUCGGAAAUAAGCAAGCCUGAAGGCGAAAUGUGGAUCAAGCUGUCUCCUGGACUGGUACUGUUCAUAGACAACUGGAGGGUUCUUCACGGAAGAGAGGCCUUCUCCGGUUACAGGAAGCUGACUGGCUGCUACAUCGGUCGGUCAGAUUUUCUCAGCAAGGCAAGAGUUCUCGGAGUACUCUGAAGAAGACUCGACGGUGUGAACAUUCAGCACUUUCCUAAAUGUGUGCCAAGCCAAUCUCAAAAUAGAGAAAUAAAUGAAACAAGAACAAGAAGACUUUUCUGAUGUAUACAACUCUUGAAUAUAUGCGCUGAAACAAUUUCGGAACUCUUUCCAGGUUCAAAAUACACAAUUGCUUGACGAUGUAAGAUUCUUGUUCA